AUGGCGGUGGCGGCGCUGCUGUCCGGCGAGGCCCUGAUGCCGCUGCUGGCGGGCGGCGCGGGCAUCUGCGCUGCCGCGGCCUUCAUCGCCUCCAGCAACGGCGAGAUGAAGCAGGGCGAGUUCGCCAUCGCGGACCGGGUGGAGGUGCGGGACGGCGAGGGGGAGCCGUGGAGGCAUGGCAUCAUCGUCUCCUUGUGGCCAAUCAUGGUGAAGGUGGACGGCCGCGAGGAGGGCCUGAACUUCAACCUCAUUAGGAAAGAGGGCUCCUCGGACGACGGCAGGGAGACGAAGGAGGGCCUCGCGGAGGCGAGCGGCACCGCGGCCGGCGGCGCCCCCGCCAGGAAGGAGCCGCGGCCCGAGGCGGGUGCGAUCUUUGUCUCGGAUUACUCGUUUCUCCGCUGUCUGAGCGAGCUUGCGCAGUUUCGCUUGGAGCGCUGCGGUACCCUGGCUGGCUUGCAGCUUGGCAUCGCUCGGAGCGGGCCGGACCCCGCCCUCGUCGCGAGGGGGGAGGAGCUCCGGAGCAGGCCGGCGGUGCGCGCCCGCGGCGCCCUCUGCGCCUGCGCGGUAGACGGUAGACCGAGGGCGUCUCGGCGAGGCCGCGAGGCUCGCUGCGAGCGUUCCGAGCUCGUCUUCUCGGCUUCGCUGGAGGGCGUCGAGGAGGCGAGCUCGUUCUCAGUGCAGCUUCUCGGCUCACGCGAGGUGGGGUGCGCCCCGGGAGCCUGGCCCGGCCAGCCCGUGGCCGGGGGCCAGUUAUUGUACAGCGCGUGCGCCUCCCCGGCCGAGCAAGGGGCGGCCCGGGCCAGCGGCGCCAGGCAGGGGCAGCCAGGGGCGGGUGGCGGCAGCCGGCGCCUGCGGCAGGUGGCCGCCCUUGGAGGCGUCAGGACCCUGACCAACUGGCGCCUGCGACCCUACGCUGCGGCACCGCCGCGGCGGUGCCGAUGUCCACGCUCAGCGCCGGCUUCUCCAAGGUAA